AGUUACUUUCAUUUUUGAGGAGACGAAACGACACCCCGUGGAGUUUGUUUGGCGUUCUUUUUUGUUUUGCUUUCAUGCUUCACAACUUGCUCGAUUACGCAUACCAACAGCGACGUUUUUUCUCUUCUCCUUUUCUUUUGUCGAGCCGCCUUCAUUCCUUUUCGUUUCUAUCACACUUACUCUCCUUUCACGAUUUAGCUACUGCAAGUCUGCUAAGAGCCAUUUGUUUACGGCCAACAGUCAACGAACAUGACGGCACCUUUUCUUCCAGAGGCCGGAAACGGCGUGCUGCCGACGCCCUCGCGUACCCACGCGCCGGAUGAGGUCGAAGUGCUGCCCAUCGGCAGCGGCGGCGAGGUCGGUCGCUCCUGCGUGAUUGUGCGCUACAAGGGUCGCGCCGUCAUGCUGGACUGCGGCAACCACCCCGCCAAGAGCGGCCUCGACUCGCUGCCCUUCUUCGACAGCAUUAAGUGUGAUGAGGUCGACGUCGUCUUGAUCACCCACUUCCACCUCGACCACUGCGGUGCCCUGCCUUACUUUUGCAAUCAAACCUCCUUCAAGGGCCGCAUCUUCAUGACGAGCGCCACCAAGGCUUUUUACAAGAUGGUCAUGAAUGACUUCCUGCGCAUCGGCGCCGGUGCGAGCGACUUGGUCACAAGCGAGUGGCUGCAGAGCACAAUCGACCGCAUCGAGACGAUAGAGUACCACGAGGAGGUGACCGUCAACGGCAUCUCCUUCCAACCCUUCAACGCAGGCCACGUGCUCGGGGCGGCCAUGUUUAUGGUGGACAUCGCCGGCAUGCGCGCGCUCUACACCGGCGAUUUCUCCCGCGUCCCGGACCGCCACCUGCUCGGGGCCGAAGUCCCGCCCUAUUCCCCGGAUAUUCUGAUCGCCGAGAGCACCAACGGCAUCCGCGAGCUCGAGUCGCGCGAGGAGCGGGAGCACCUCUUCACCAGCAGCGUGCACGACGUCGUGCGUCGUGGUGGGCGAUGCCUGGUGCCCGUCUUCGCCCUCGGCCGCGCGCAGGAGCUUCUCCUCAUUCUGGAGGAGUUCUGGGAAGCGCACAAGGAGCUGCAGAACAUCCCGAUCUACUACGCCUCCUCCCUCGCCCAGCGCUGCAUGAAGUUGUACCAGACGUUUGUGAGUGCGAUGAAUGACCGUGUGAAGCAGCAGCACGACAACCACCACAACCCUUUCGUCUUCAAGUACAUCCACUCCCUGAUGGACACCAAGUCCUUCGAGGACAGCGGCCCGUGUGUGGUGUUGGCCUCCCCGGGUAUGCUGCAAUCCGGCAUCUCGCUGGAGCUGUUCGAGCGCUGGUGCGGGGACCGGCGCAACGGCAUCAUCAUGGCGGGCUACUGCGUCGACGGCACCAUCGCCAAGGACGUGCUGGCGAAGCCGAAGGAGGUGACGAAGCCCGACGGCAAGGUGCUGUCGCUGCGCAUGAGCACGAUUGAGGCCGUCUCCUUCUCCGCCCACUCCGACGGCCGCCAGACGCGCGACUUCAUCCACCAUCUCACGAAGGUGAAACACACGGUGCUCGUGCACGGCAACCCUGGUGCGAUGGGCCAGCUCAAGAACAAGCUCAUGCAGGACUUCCGCGAGCGCGGCAUGGCCGUCCACACUACGGUGAACCAGGAGUCGAUUCGCAUCCCGUUUGUGCAGAACCGAACGGCGAAGGUGAUGGGCAAGCUGGCCAACACGUCGGUUCGCGAGGGCGAGUUUGUGAGCGGGGUGAUGUUGGUGUCUGGUCAACACCAGUACACCAUUGUCCACCCUGACGACGUGCCGGUGUUCACCGACCUCAGCGUGAAUCGCAUUCAGCAGGCUAUGGUGCUACCCCUGCCGCGCCACCGCUCACCGCUAGAGGUGCUGCUGGUCCUGCAGCGGUAUUUCGCGCAGAGCAAGCUUUUUGAGGAGGUGGCGCCACGCACGGCCAGCCCGCAGGAGGACGAGGAAGCCCGGCGCGCCGCCGCGGAGCGUGGCGAAGCGCGAGACCCGGACACCACGCAGCUGUUCGUCUCGAAGGAUGUCACGGUGGACGUGCGCAAGAGCUCGCAGGCGCAGACGACGCUGACGAUUACGUGGUACAGCAGCCACUACAACGACCUGCUGGCGGAUGUGACGUGCAUUGCCCUGGCGAAGCUGGCAGAGGAGCCGCAUGAGGCGGAGGCGGAGGAGGUUCUCGUGCCGGCGGACGUCGCUGGGCAGGAUAAGCUCUUUCGUGUGAAGUGCUUCCACCACAUGAUCUCGCAGUUCUACCCCGCUGUCACGACGAAUCUCGCGUCUGGCAACUGCACCAUCACGCUGGCGGAUGGGCAGGUGGCGAACAUCACGGACUGCAUCGAGAUUGAGCUCGAGUCUGGCGCUGGGAAGAAGGACGUCGACUACGACGCGCCGAAGGUGCUGGAGCUGAAGCGGAUUCUGAAGCGCAUCUAUCUCACGCUUUUUCCCAUCCCGGUAGACAACGGGUGGUGUGACUGCGGUAUGAUUCACGGGGAGGAGCCGGUGGUCGAGUAG